ACUACUCUAAUGAAAUAUUGCUAUAUAUUCUGCUUUCUAGUUACGACUCCUGCGAUCGAUACGGAACGUGGUGUGGUCUGUCGAUGUAUGAAAAGAAGCGGCGUUUUUUGAAAAUGGAAGUAAUCUUCACUCGUGGAUUGAGACUUGGCUCUGAGUUAAGCAAUGCCUCAGUAUUAUUAACAAGAUAUCUUUCACUGUCGGCAUGUUGCACGUGUCAUUUCAACACAACACGUUGGAAAUCGGCAUUUCCCGAAAGAUAUCAUCGUUGUACAGCCGCGUCAUAUAAUUCCUUAGGCCUUGUAAAUAAUAUAUUUGUGUAUCAAAAGUUAUUGAGACAGAAUGUUAAAAAUGAUGUUACUCUAGCAUAUUAUUCAGACAUUAAGCAAAGUUCUGAUAGUGAUUGUGAAAAACCUCAAACAGAACAGAAAGUAUCAGUAUUUCAGAAAAUGAAACAAAUGACUAAGGAUUAUUGGCAUAUAUUAAUACCCGUACAUGUAAUUACUUCUAUAGGAUGGGUUGCUAUAUUCUAUACUGCUGUUAGGAAUGGUGUAGAUAUAGUACAGCUGCUAGAAUAUAUUAAUCUCAGUGAAAGAUAUAUAGAUUUAGUACGUAACUCAAGUGCUGGGAACUGGGCCAUCACUUAUGCACUUUAUAAGAUAUUCACUCCACUCAGAUAUACUGUUACUGUUGGAGGAACAACUAUGGCCAUUAGAUACUUGAGCAAAUUAGGCUAUGUGAAGGCAUUAUCGUUCAAGCGUCAAAUAACAGAGCCAAUACAGUCAAAUAAAUGUGCAGCUGAACACAAGAAAAACUUCAAAGCAGAGUGUAAAACGGAUCGACAUACGAAACCACCUAAAACAUAAAUAUUUCUUCCGCACUAUGUUGGAUCUAUGAAUUAGAUUCGACAUAGAUCGAGAAUGUAUCUUACCGUAACAUUAAUAUAUAU